AUGGGGAUUGCGCGCUGGUUUUGGGACGCCGCGACCGGAGUAGCAGGAGCGGGGGAAGCGGGGGAAGCGGAAGGAACGGGAGGUGCGGGAGGCGGAAGCCGGACCGGCAAGCCGUCUGAUGAUGCGACGGCGGUGACAGCAACCGGACCCGCGGCGCCGUCGCCGUUAGGAAUUGACAUCCGCGGCGGUACCAGCAGCGCAGUGGGCGGCGACGGGGAUAAAGCGGCGCCGGCACGGACGACGCCGUUCCCAUCGGCGCGCAGCGAAGGCGAUGACGGCGAGCGGCGCGCGCGCGACGUGCUAAUCGUUGAAGGGGGAAGGCCGCCCGCUGAUGCGCGGGGUGGCGGAGGCGGCGUUUUCCGCAAGAAGCAUCGGCGGGGGAAGGGCAAGCGGAGCGUGUUCGUAUACGAGCUGGUGCGCGUUCCCGCGGGGGGAGGCGGGGAUUCGGAAAUGCGCGUGGCGCGCGCGAGGACUGCAGGGGCGGCGGAGGGCAGCAGAGCUGGUAUGAGGGAGGUGGAAAGUGCGGAAGGCGGAAGGGGAAAGGCGCAGGGUUGGCAGCAGCGGUCGCUGGAUCGAAGCGACACGCAGAGCGACAUUGCUGACGUGGACGAAUGGCGGCGGGAGAUGGAAAAGUAUCUGGCGGAGAAGGAAAGGCGGGCGAGCCUUGAGGCCGCUGAGAAGGCAAGUCGUGCGAGCCAUGAUUGGAGUCAAAAGCACCUUCAAGUGGAAUCACAACUCACGAGAGAGGAAAGCGGACCGGGCGGCUUGGAAGAGGAGCAACGAAAACGGGAGCACGGCAGUUGGGGGUUGCGUGACGAUGACGAUGACUCGUUAGGAGCAAGCGGGCGCGCUUGUAACGCGAACGGGGGCUGUGACGAGGGAAACAACAGCUGGCGCAAUACAAGCAGCGAAGGGGAGGCAGCGGGGAUUGACCGGUGGGACCUGGACGCGUAUAUCGAGGAGCACCAUAGCGAGGAUGAAAGCAGCGCCGCGCUGUCUGCUGUGACGAGCGGCCGUGGCGAAGACGCGUGGGGCGUUGGGGGGAGCAGCGACAGCGAGGGACGGCGAGCGCUGUGGCAGGGGCGAGACGAAGGACUAGUAACAGAGUUGGAAGAGGAUGCGGAGGAGUUGGGAGUGGUGAGGAGGGACGGGGAUUGGUUUGAAGAGGCGGAGGAGGGCAUGUUACUGGUGGACGAGGGGCGGGUGGUUGCUGGUGUCGCAUCUGCAUCUGCUUCUGGGUCAGACAGUGGCGAGCGGGGGGGAAAAGGAGAACGGGGGAGAGAGUGCAGAUGCUCCAACGCGACCACAUCCCUCCCCCAGUCUCCCCCUUCAGGUGCAGCAGUCCCUCCCACUGCGCCGCCCCGUGCCGUCCGUCAAGCCAGCAGGGCUGCCGUCGCUCGCGCUGCAGCGGAGGCGUUCGACGCGCAGGCAGGCAGGAGGGGCGAGGGCAGCGGUGACACUGUGAGUGACGGCAGCACCGGCAGUGGCAGCGACAGCAGCAGCAGGGAGGGCGGACGACCCGCGCUGCUGCGUGAUAAACGAGAUGUGUUGAGACGUCUCAAAACAUCUCUUUUAUCAAGUGAGGGCAGCACGGGCACUGGCAGUGGUAGUGGCAGCAGCAGCAGGGAGGGUGGGCGACCCGCGCUGCUGCGGUGCGAGGGCGUGCGGGGGAGCAACCGCGUGCGCGCGUUCGACCCCAGCGAGUACCUCCCCGUGCCCACAGCCGCUGCCGAGGUGACUUUUGAGUCAACUCAAAAGUCACCUCGCAACCGCAUGCGCGCCUUCGACCCCACCGAGUACUUCCUUGCGCCCGCAGCCGCUGCCCCCCCUGCAUCAGCCGUAGAGGCUCCCGCAGCAGCCGCAGAAGAAACUGCUCCUGGGAAUCGUGAGCUUGAGGGGGGCGAGAGUGAACGCCAGGGGGAUGAUGCGGUGGUGACGUCAGCAACGGCGGGAAAGGGCCAGCCUGUGGCGUCGGCAUGGUGGGAGUUUGGUGGGGCUGAUAAGAGCGCUGAUAAGGCAGCCAGCAGCGGGCAGGGCGGCAGGCGGAAGAUCACAGGCAGCCGGGUGAGCGGCGCGGUGAGUGCGGAAAGUCGCAAGCGGGGACGGUCGCGACCGGUGGGACCCCCACCCACCCCCCAGAGUCCUGAUGAUGAUGUCUUCCCCGCCUUCCCUGGCACGGAAAGCCGCUCUUCGCACUUGAAAUCCCCGCCGGCUCUCCCCUCGCAUGCGUCGUCAGCAGCGUCAUCAUCCCGCCUCCCGCCCUCCCCACGCCUCCCGCCGUCCCCUGGCCUGAGAAGGCAGCAGUCUGCUGCUGCCUCACUUGCUGCGGUGGAGGCGAGUCAAGGGCAGAGUGAGAGGCAUGUUGAGCUGACUGCGCGAGCAGGCAAGGAGGGCAGGGGAGCGCGGGAGGAGCGCGGCCGGGCCGCUGCUGCCUCGCUUGCUGCGGUGGAGGCGAGUCAAGGGCAGAGUGAGAGGCAUGUGAGGCAGGCUGACACGGGAGGAGUGCGGGAGGAGCGUGAGCGAGCAGCGAUGGUUUUCCACAAGAGCAGCAGCACUGGAAGCAGUGGGGGAGGAGGAGGCAGCCAAAACGGCAGUGUUGCUGCCCAGCCCAAGCGCAUAGCCCAUAGCGUGACCUACCACCCUGGAGGCAAUGCACCGACAAGCCUAGUCAUGGCUGGCAGCAGUAACAACAACAACAGCACCCACUGCCGCGCCUCGCCCUCCUCCUCCACCUCUCGCCCCUCUCGCCCGCUCCCUGUGUCACCUCCACCCGCCAGCUACCGGCACCAGGCUGACGUGGCAGCGCAGCAGGAGGAGGCGAGUCUUAGGGAGCUGGAGCAGCAGUUAGAGAGGGAGAGGAGGAGGAGGGAGGAGGAGGAGGAGGAAGAGUUCUUGGCAGUGGCUGGUGAGAGGGGAGUGAGGGAGGUGCGAGUGAGGGAGGGCGAGUGGGACGAGGGGGGUGCUUGGAUGGUGAAGAUGCCCGGAAGGGGGGAGUCGAGGAGACUAGAGGAGCUUUACACGAGGCAGGAGAGACAAGCAAGGGAGCAGCGGGAACAGCGGGAGCAGACUGGAUUGUGUGUGGAACAAGAUGUGGGAAUGGAAGCAGCAGCAACGGCGCCACCCAUGCGACGAUCGCGGACAGACACGAGGCAGGAGAGGCGGGCGAGGGAGCAGCGAGAUGAGAGGGAGGAGAGAGGGCUGAUGGGAGCAUGUGCGAAGCAAGAUGCGGGAAUGAUUCCAGUGCCACCUCCCAUGCUACGAUCACGGACUGACACGAGGCAGGAGAGGGGGAUGAGGGCACGGCAGCAGGCAGUGGCACCAGCAGUGAGGGUUGGGGGCAGGAGAAGCGAGGGGUGCAGCGGGCGGGAGAAGAGCAGCGCAGGAGAAGCAGGCAGCGGGUGGGUGUUGCGGCGAGGCAAGACGCAGCCGAGGGGCAGGGGGAAGGGGGCAGUGGGUAGUGGGCAAGCUGCUCAUGCAUGCGGGGCAGGAGCUGUGUGCUCUGCUGCUGUGUGCUCUGCUGCUGUGUGCUCUGCUGCUGUGUGCUUUGCUGCUGUGUGCUUUGCUGCUGUGUGCUUUGCUGCUGUGUGCUCUGUUGCUGCUGUGUUUCAUCCCGUCCCUGCCCUGCUCCCACUCUUCCCCUUCCCUUGUGCUGCUGCUGCUUCGUCUGUUCACAGAGGGCACGACGCAGAGAUUCUAGUGCUGGACAACUGA